ACCAAGAUCCAAAGGGGCGAUCAAGCCCAUCGCAACAGAACUGGAUUUUUCUUUCCCAAGUGCGAUGCCAUAGUAUACACGCGAAAGAGCAACUAAACGGUGGAUCACUCGCUGAAGCACCCAUGCGCUCGUUCCUGGAUGCGCUUCCCAAAUCCAUAAAAUAUACUUCUGCGGAGUGCUCCACAGAAAAUCAAGCUCAAAACGAAUCCUGAAAUAGAGUGUGGAAUUGGCGUCGCCUCCCUGUCUAUCGCCCAUCAACUAGUCUGCAUCACAGUUUCAGCAUCACUCAAGGAUCGAAUCAGCGGCACUCGAGUGGCAACCUUUGGGAAACAGCUAUGCAGGCGUUCUCAGCUCAACUCGACCUGGUCCUCAAUGAGGCCGACACAAAGGCGCCAUCACCCACAUCCACAGAAGACUUGGACAACUUCUUCUGUAUCUUCCGGGCACCCGCAUCCAAAAAGAGGAGAUUGAAUCCAUCACUGUCAUGGUCGAAAUAUCUCGCGGAUCCCGACAACUCCAAAUGUCUUUCCGCGUUGGCUGCCGAGUUCCUGAAGGUCUGCAAGGCGAUUGAUAACGUGAACGAGCCAUUGAGCUAUCUCUUUCAGGCAUAUCACAGCUCUUUGCAGUCGCCCGCCAAAUCAGCGUUACUUCUUGCGCUACUGUACAACAUCUUUCACCCAAACUCGACGUUGCCACUGUACGAUCGGAUCAAAUCGUCCAUCCCAUUUAGUCGCUCGUUCAUACAACUUACGCAGUACCUGGAUGUCUCAAAUCAGUUCCUAUGGAUCGGGACUAUGUCGCUUAUUUUGCGGUGUCUACAGCAACCCGAUAGCGAGACAAUUCCCACAGAAACCGCCGUAGUGAUCAUUACCUCGCUCCUGAAGAAAAUCAACCUUCUACCGUUGAACUGCGAUAAGGAACAACAGGAAUGUGCAUCCAAAGGACUUAUGGUUGUUCAGGUAUUCCUUGAGGCUCCAGGGCCUACAAAGACCGUCCAUGCCACGUAUUACGAUCUGCUUCGAGAGAUACCACAAGUAUUUCCACCUGGAGUGGUCAUUCAUUGGACAUUGGAGGGAUUCAUGAAUUAUCUCCAAAGACGGCGGCAAAACCUGGCGCAUCUCGUCAUGCCUCCAGACGCUUCUUGGCCAUUGAUUUCACAAGUCAGCCGACAGCAUGAAUUCACCAACCUCUCUCAAAGGCCGACACACCUUUUAUUUGCAGCAGACUACGCUGAUGGGAUGAGAGAUGGACAUAUGACGACCUAUGUCAGUUUGUUUGGCGAUUUGCUCUACCAGAGAGCUCCUUCGGACGAAAUUUUUUUCAUGAUCCGCCAACUUCCACACAAUCCUACAGGCAUAUCUGCUUUGCGGGAAUCGUUAGUUAUCAAAACAAGGGACGUUGUUCGUUGCGUCCAGCGUCACAGCCGCUUCCAUGAGCCGCGCCAGGUGGACAUGACCAUCCCCGUGUCAGCUAACCCUGAUAUGGUGAUUCCUGACAAUCUGGACUUCAUGGAAUUACUGAUCGAGCUAUCGGACCAGCUGUAUGCGUUUGUCGGCUCUGAGCUAUCGCAGAUAUCCAAUAUUUAUCCGACUGGAUUCGCCGUUCUUUACGAGGACUUGAUCGCGGAUUACUUCGCAUUGGUCACCGGAACCGACAAGACCCCACCAGAACUCGAAAAGGACAACACCCUGAUCUUUCUCUUACUACAGCUGAUCCAUAUCGAGAAGGUCGGAGGCAAGGACAAGUUGCUGCCACAGGAUUAUGCCGGUGACGAGCAUCUCUUCAGGCUGCUGAUCGGGUUGUAUAAUGAGGACCAAGUCAACUCCAAGGAUGGAUUUUACCUUCGCGACCUUGCCCUUCAAUGCGCCAUCAGCCAUCAACAGAGCUAUAUCCGGGACCGGUCCAUGAUGAAGUUUCGCCACCCGAAGCUCGCUGUAAUCUGGCCCUACUAUUCGCAGAUUUGCUACAACGUACAAUCAUACUUCUUGAACAAAUACAAGAAUAAUGUCCAGGACUCGACCUGUCUCUCGAAUCUCCCAACACAAGAGAAUAUCAAGAUUGCAAUGGAAUCACAGCUUAGGCAGCAUAUCGUCGCAGGAACGCUGUUCAUCUAUCUUGUGCCGAACUACCAAGGCAAGGAACCUGAGCUGGACGCUUUCGGUAUGUUUUUAAAAGGCGGAACGCUCAGCUACAAGCUCUUGGACGUUCUCAACAUUGACACGAAACACAGGCUGCUGGGACUCAUUUACAAGAUGAUGCUGGAUGGAGAGCAGGGGCCACGAUUCCACGGCGAUCCUCCACCUCAGGUCAAGUUUGUGUCGCCAUAUGUCAUGGAUGUCGUUUACAAGUUGCUCCUGAGCACUCCAUGUUCAGUGGAACCCGUUAUCAAGGUGUUGUUCGACAAGCUAAGGCGGUACGACAGACUGUCCAAAACGAUGGCCGAAGUACCUGCGGAAAUUACUCGCUGGCAGUUUACUGUCCUCCAGCUACUCAAUUUCCGUCUGAUCCGACCUCUCAAGUUCACGGCUACCUGCGCUCAUUUGCUUCAUUACAUGAAGUUUGCUUUGUCCCUGGCCAAACACCGCGCUCUGUACAACAUUGUUGAGACUUGUAACCACAGCGCCCUCAGCAUACAGACCAGCCAUAAGUUCCUACGAUCGCUUGUCGACAACAAGAGGGAGCGGCCGUAUUGGUUCGAGGAAUCGGAGGCCCUGGCUCGCCGCGCUGUUAUGACUAUUGCCCGCGUUAUCAAGCUCAGGGGUCAGGGCGACGCGCCUCUGGGCAUCAUCACAGAGAUUCUCCAGAUUUUACACAAGCAUCCCAUCAUAUGGACCGAGGAGAUCCUGGCGUUCUUCCCAGAACUGGUUCGAGACUUUUACAGGACACAGGAGCAGUCGGGAGCUCCGAAGGGUAUUCCUGGAGCGGUUACAGAACAGGAGGUGUCAACCUUGCUGGAGGGGACUUCAGUUCACAACGUCCUCUUGGUCCCCAAGGGUACAGAGCCCAACACCUAUUUGCUGAGCCAUUAUUCGGACAUGGCGAACCAUCCAUUCUUCCUUUGUGUCUUCUGGGAAAUCAUUAUUAUCCAUCAACAAAUCUCGGAGACGAUGUUGGAGGAUAUUCGCGCGGUCAUGCUUCAGUUCCCACCCUCGCACAUGUCGACCUAUACCCAGCAAUUGAUCGACUAUGCGCUCUGGAAACUGGAUCCCAAGAAUCCGAAUGCCACAGGGUCGAUCGACUUUGUUGUUCGCGUCUUUGAGGAGCUCGUCUGGAAAUAUCAACUUCUAUCGAUUGAGCACACCUUGAUGGCACUCAUGACGGGCCACCCGGCCCGCUCUGGAGAUCUGGCGCUCAAGAUUCUGAUACAGAUGACCGUCAACUCCGCAGAACUGUCUAACCGCAUCUCGCACUGGACUUCGAUCGGUAUCAGCCCUCGUCCAUGGGAGGAAGAUGCGUAUUACGACAAACUGCAAAGCUAUCUUGCACGCUAUCCAGAAUACUUCGGUUUUGAGGCACACGAGGUCAGGAGCGGCACCAACCCCAUCAAUCCGCCUCUGGAGAUGCCGCUCUUGGUCAGCUACAACAAUGUCCUUUUGCGUUUACUCAAUAUUUUUGACAUGAUCAUCGGUCGGUUUAUUGAGUACCAGAUGACGGACAUCUUGGUCAUCUUCCUGGAAAAGUUCGGUUGCCUAUACCUGUACCACAACACACCCAUUGGUUUCGUGCGCGAUACGCUCCUUUACUAUUACGAGUCGCCCACGUUGAGAGACCCUCGCGUGACUAAGGCCCUGCUCAAGUUACUGGACUUUAAGCAAGUGGAGCUUUCGCCGGUGUUAACGGAUUAUGUUCAGGAGAUAAACCGGUCAGAAGAUCUGUUCGACGAGCAUUACGUACACGAGAUCUGUCGGAAGCUGGCCGUGAGCAUGGACCCCAAGGAGUGUGGAUACAAGGCGGACUCCAGAAUGCCAGAGCGGCAGUAUCGUGAGAUAUCGAACCCGGCCACCCAGGGAUUGUACGUUGCAGUGAUUGAAGCCUUGGCUGCCCCGAUCUCAAAAGAAAAAUUCAUGGUUCACUUGUUGGGUCUAGUUCUGGCAAAACGCACUGUCGCUCCAAUUUCCAUACCAUCCUUAAGUGCCUCUACGUCUGCUACUUCCACCACCUCCGGCGCAGCCUCGAGAAUCGUGCCCGAGGCAAGAGUGAUUCAUGCCGCAGGUCUUCUGCUCUCAGCAUUGCCUACAGAUCACAUGAACCUGUUCUUCAUCGAGGUGGACACUUUUGCGCGGACGGAUGAGACGUUGCUACAGGCCUCCACAUUGCCUGUAAAAUCGGAUGCCGCAUCGAUAGCAGACGUUUAUACAACUUACAAUGGACGAGAACCCACUGCGUCAACAUUUCAAUUAGCAACUGGGGCGCCAGGGAGCAUCAAGGUGGAGGGUGGCAAUGUGGACCCUACACUUUCUUCUUCGCCGCCUCCUUCUACACGGACGACCGCACAAGAUAUGCUGCUCUCGUCUAUCUUCAGCAGUUACGCAGAUAACCGCAACAACUACCGGACUAAUAUGCCCAAUUCGUUCCUGACGUUCUUCCAUGCGGUCGCGCAUUAUUCAUCAGCCGAUAUCCUCCUCAGGGUAGUCAAAUGUCUAGAGGACUGGAGCCAAGGCACGAGUUUGGCUCCGCCAACGGGGUCAAGUCUAGCGAACUAUGGCGAUGGACUGAUCCGUUUCAAUAGUCAGCAUGACAGCCUACGCAAUGAGGGUACCCUGGAUGCCCAGCAGGAGAAUGGAAUUAAUCCCUUGGAGAAUGGCCAGGUCAAGAUGAAGAAGAACCAGAGUGUCCGUACCGAUGUCCAGCUGCUAUUUAUCUGUGCUCUGAUCGGUCCCCUGGUACACCGCUUUGAGAAAGUUCAGAUUGGUGGCGCGACAGGACAUUUCUUGGUAGUACUAGUUGAGUUAUUAGCGUUGGUUGUGACCUCGAUGGACGCUGCUGCACGACCGGGAUUGAGCACACUCGAACAAGUCAUCGAUUUUAUCAACCAUGUACGCGCGCAUAUACCAAAGAGCCCGGACGCGAGCCCUCGACGGAUGGUGCAGGCGUUAAAGGACAUACCCCCAUGGCUCACAGGGCGUCUCGGUAGCAUCGUCUAGAUGUCCUUAGUUUAUUAUCUAUUUACUUCAUAUCCCUGCACUCGUUAAAGUAAAGCGACAGGCUCAAAUUUAAAACGCGG